AUGGCAACCGCAGGAGGGCCCGCGAGCAUCAUCACGCAGGUGUCGCAGGGCGCCGGACCACCGAUCAACACACUGGGAGCCGGGUCCGAUGAGAACAUCACACUUGAGCUACGAGGGGUCCGCUUUCCACUUUCCAGGGACGAGCUCCUCACCCUGCCCGAAUUCGUCCUCCUCUCCCUGUUUCCAAAUGGCCUACUGCCAGACGGUCACAUGAACUACCACGACGGAGACGUCUAUCCGGUUGAUUAUGACCCAGCUUCGCUGCAAUACAUGCUUGACUUUUUCCGAAAAGUCGCGCAAAGCAUCCCGACAUCACCACCUUCGCCAUCGACCGAUGACCAUACAGAGGCCGUACCGAUUGAGCCGAUGCAUGGUUCCGCAAGGGACAUGCUACAGGAUCGCGCCGGCAUCAUCGUCCUGCGGGAAGACCUCGAUUUCUACGCCAUCCCACCGAGACGAGAUAUUGAGCAGCCAGAGAUGAUCGAGAUUAAGAGGGCUGCGGGGAAGGCGUUGCUGAAGCAGGAUGGCAUCUUUUCCGGGCUGAGGAAGAGCGAGGAGCCGGGUACGACGGAGCAGCACCUGAUCGAGAUGUUGACGGCAGGCGGCUUCAACCACGACGACCGCUGGGGCCACCGCGCAGGCGAACCGAACAAAGCCGUCAUCUGCAGUAUCGCGCUGGCACGACUACGAACAGAUGUAAAGGGCAAUGACCUGUCGAGCAACAACGCUGUCGGCAUGGCACAGAAGCUUCUGCUUUUCUGGCGAAAACCGGCCCGCCGGUGCUGGUGGGAAGGCGUCGAUCUCGAGGGCGUAGAAGGUGUAGAAGGCAAGCUCAAGGUUUGGAUCCGGAGAGUUUGGACACUUGAGAUGGUGAGUCACCAGCAGAACCAUGCCAGUGUUCGGAACAAUGUCCCGGAUACGCUGCCGCUUCUGAAACAAAGGCGACAAGUUACAUCUCCUAUCCCGAUUUCAACCCCCUAA